UACACUAAAUAAGGAAAUUCAACUAAAGAACAUACUACAGAAACGGAAUCGGUGGAUAUAAAAACAUAUACAGUUAGCAGAGAGAGGGAACCAUAUAUGAGUACAGGAGUCAGGACAGUAAUCUUUGAUGCACGGAAGCUGUGUUCAGUGAUUACCUUGUGGCUCGAGUGACAUUUCUGGUCGAAGGUUUGCUGAAGGAAUUUCAAUUGUUUUGGGUUACCUGUUUAUACUGGGACAGCUUUGGGCUAGCAUACACCAGCAGUCUGUAUUUUUUUUCUUCCCCAUAUUAGAGAUAUGUAUCAUAGUGUAUGAUAAAACCUAACCCGAACAAGCCCUGAUGUAUCUACCAGACAUUUGCUGCUCCAUCGUAGUCAACUGAAACCUGCAGAUCAGCGUUGAAAUGUCCCUGCCGAGGAUCACACACCUACCUUCUGGGAGGCUGCUGAGCGCCAUCCUCCACCACCAGAGGCUUCUCCCCUCCAUCAUUCCUCUCACUGUGCCAAAAAGGGCUGUGAUCCAGGGUGAAUACAGACGGCCCGGCCAGCCCAGAAAGGCCAAGUUUCCCUGGAAAAAGAUUAACUUUAACUUCUCAAAAGGUUUGGAGGGAAUAAAGAAGCAUUUCACACUCCUGAAAAAGGAGUUUACUGACCGCUGGGUUGGCCCUGAGGGUAAACCGAUUGUUGAGCACAUGCUGGAGCAGAACAGAGCUGUAUGGGAGUUCAGAGGUCCAGAGAGCCUGGGGGAGUGGACGGUGUCCUCUGAUCGUGAGAUUGGAGGCCAUAGUGAAGCUUACCUGAAGCUUGGAAGGAACAAUAAUACCUGUUUUCUGUAUGGGACACUGAGCUCUACUCCCCCACGAGAUGGAGAAACACGCUACAGUGGAUACUGCACUAUGCGCUCAAAGCAGCCUCUGGCUUCCUUUGAUAGAAAAAAACACCAUGAUUGGAGCAGUUUUAACACUCUGCAUUUACGUGUACGUGGUGAUGGUCGCCCAUGGAUGAUUAACAUCUCAGCAGAAACAUACUUCUCUCACCAGAAGGAUGACAUAUACUGUUAUUUCCUAUAUACCAGAGGAGGGCCCUACUGGCAGGAUGUUAAGAUUCCUUUCUCCAAGUUCUUCCUUACACAUCGAGGGAGGAUACAAGAUGACCAGCAUCCUGUCUGGCUGGACAAGGUUAACACCAUUGGGUUUACUUUGGGAGACAAAGCUGAUGGCCCAUUCCAGCUUGAAAUUGAUUUCAUUGGUGUCUGUAAAGAUUAUGCACACACAGAGGAGUUUGCCUACGAAGCAUACAAGAGGAACCCAGAAGUCUAAGAACUGUUAAUGCUGCAAUCAGACUGUUGGGACAAAUUUGAACUUAUAUUGACACCAUUUCUGUAGUGUCAUUACAAAAUUCAAACUAUUAAUAUUUAAUGACUCAUGCAGAUUGUUUAUUAUUAAAUGAUGUAUUAAAUACCACAGGAGAACAAAUAAAAAAAGAGAGACAA